UACUUCAGCAGAAACUGCAAGUAUAAUGAAACUGACCUGAAAUAGUACAGAUGCUUAUCUCAGUAUCCCGUGGACAAGUUAAAUUAAAGAACAAUUAUGCUGUUCAAAAGUCAAAAUAAAGGCCUGAAUUCUAAUGAUCAAAUGUGACAGAGUGGAAGAAGUUCUGUUCAUAUGAGACCCUCACAUGAAUUUGACAUUACAGAGAAGAAACAGAAACACCAGCUUCCUCUUCUCUCAGUGGACUCCCACCUCCUCCUUCACUCAGUCACAUGUUGACAGCCCUCACGCCACUGCCAGAUUGCCUGUGGACAGUUUAUCUGUGCACCCUCCCACCUCUGUCUUCCAGCAUCUUGUUUAUGGGUCUGAGAACACGGCCAUUUGAAAGAGAACAGAAGGACCGGUGGCCCUAAACCUCUCUUUCUCAUUUCCUCCUUUACUAGAAACCAACAUCAAGAAGAUGUCUGACGGUCUUUGCAUUGUGGGUUCAUUGUUUGGAUCUGCAGAAGGACAGCAAGAGUGUGGUUCCUGUUAUGUUAUAAAUAUGGGGUCCAUAAUGGGCAUUAUUGCCUCUGAUAUUAUCUUGACUAUCCUUAUCACCAUUUCUGUUUUCUGCUUCGCAACUCACCAUAAGAGAAAGAGGGAAUGGGAAUCUCGUGAUGGAAAAAGAAAUCCACCAUUGUCAAUAUCAAAGAAAAUGGCAACAGAGGUCGUAGAAUCCCCCUACCAGGAGUUACAUGGAGUCCAGUCAGAUGUGUACAGUGAGCUUCGGCACUUUAGGAAAUGAAACAAAGGAACUAUAAAAAUCCCAACAAUGGCUUGUCUGUAAUUAUUUUCUCUACACAAGUACACCACACUCUUCUACACACAUCCUGUUUUGCCACGUAUACUCCUGCAGCAUUAUAGGUAAUAACAAACAGCUGAUAUGUGUAUUUUGCAUGUAAUUGAUUUAUGUUUUUUAAAUGGAGUACUGUGUUGUGCUAAAUGAGAUGUUUGCUGUAUCACAUCCGUGUUUUUUGUAAAUCUUAAGAUGUCUUAAAAUAUGUAUUUGUACAUAACUAAUUAUAAAUUAAAUAAACUACAGAAUAAAACAAAGGAAAUGAAAAAGAUG